GGCCGCAAUUUGCCUGGAAUUUAUGAGUCAGUGGCCAUAUAUCUCUGUAUUACCUGUCAGCCUUGUCAAGGGAAGAUGAAGCAUUAAAGAAGUAAGGUAGGUCUUCUUUUUGUUAGCAACUUCAUCUUCAUUGAUACAACAAUACGGAUAAGCAAGACGACGACCCCUCCGUCGAUCCUCUCUACUUUAUGUUACCCCUGCGACGUUAGCAGGAUCCCCCACUAGACUUCAAACCCAGCCUAUCUUCUUUGAGGCAUAGCGCUUCUAGUUCACAUAUAUCAUCAUCAUUCAGUUCAUAUACAUAUACCCCGAAUCUGGAGGAGAAUCUUACAAAAGUGAUGGAGAAGACAGAACAAACAUCACUGUAUGGGUUCGACUCGCAUGAGACUGCCCUAUGUGUUAUCCCUCCUCGUGAACUUUGGUCAUCAGUGGAUCGCCUGAGAAGUCUUUAUGAUAAGGCGUAUUCUGCGUGGCCUCCCCACGUUAAUCUUAUCUACCCAUUUAUCCAGCCUGAAGUGCUAGGGAGUGCAGCACAAGCACUUGAAGGGCUCGUGCUGCAAGAUCGGCCUCAUCUUGCGCUCGAUGUUGCUGACUGUUUCGAACAUAAAGGUCGCAACACUAUCUUUCUGGGUUCGAGCUCAGGAUCUACUACAACCGAGCUCUUAAAGAUCAGGGACAUAAUCUGCAGUGCUCUUUGUCGUCUACGAGGAGCUCAAAACGAACGCUUCGUUCCUCAUAUGACCAUCGGUCAAAGUGAAGACGCCUCAGCUGCCCCCCAUCAUUUUCUCCUCGAAAAGGCCCGCCUCUUGGCACCGAUAGAAUGGAAAGUAAAAGAAGUUGCUAUUCUUAUUCGCGAUGGUGCACUGGCGCAAGGGGGAAGCGGACCACGGCCUAUGAGGCUUUGGGGGACUCUGGAUCUUGAAUCGGGAAGCUUCCGUCGGAUAACACCGCCUCAAAGUUUCAAUGAUCAUCUAGACAAAAUGUCUACUAUUGCCUUCCAGCCAUGCUAUCAGUCGACCCAGUCUUCAGGGGCCUGGGAAACGGCUGAGUCGACGAACACGUCCCCAGGCACCAGCAAGGUCGUCCUUGAACAGCUGGUUGUUGCUUCUUACAAUGUAUUGGCAGAGUUUGAGUGGCCUCCUCAAUCAUAUCGGCAUCCAGCUCUGAUGGAAAAUUUGCUCUCAGCUCGUGCUGCUGCCGAUAUUGUUGUUCUCCAAGAAGUCACAGACCAUUUUCUUCCUGACCUCCUCUCCAACAAGGAUAUACGUAGUCGCUAUCCUUUCAUCACUCAUGGCCCCCCAGGUCAUUCCGGUAUUGGGCCGUUACCUAGCCUCCUCAAUACUGUCGUCUUGAGUAGAUUUGAGUUUGAAUGGCACCAUCUCCCAUUCCAUAGAAAGCACAAAGGCUGCACCGUGGCCCGGUUUCCCGGCAUCGGUACACGAGAUGCUGACGAUGGGAAAUUCAGACCUUGGAUACUUGUGGCGUGUCAUCUGAGCCAAGGACUUACUGACGGCGCUGUCGCCACCAAGAGGAAAGAAGUCCAGAAGAUGCUCGAUUAUCUGUCUGCCACCUUUCUGCAACACCCAUGCAUCCUUGCUGGAGACUUCAAUCUUGCGACUUCAACUUACACCAUAGAAGCUGCCAAGAAAAAGAAUGAUAUUUCUGCUCAAACUGUUCGUCAGUUGAGAGAUAUCGACCGGGCUAUCUCGGAUUUUGGCUUCUUAGAUACUUGGCUGGCAACGAGACUCGAGUCAGGCGAAUCUUCAGACAUAGCCAACGAGAAGAGGAACGUCUUAGACUCCUUUCAGGGAGAACAAGGGGCUACUUUCGACCCACUGACAAACACGCUGGCAUCUAAUCUCGUUGGAAAUGGGCUGAACAACAGACCGCAGAGGUACGACAAGAUCCUGGUCAAGGCAAAUGGCUACUAUAACCCGCACGGUUUCAAUACUUUUGGUCAGACAAUCUUCGAUUCACCAGAUCAGGGUGUUCCCACAUACGCCAGUGAUCACUGGGGCAUAAGAUGCCUUCUGGUAAAGUCGUCACUCUCUGAUAUAUCUCGAUCUUGUGUCCCUGAGAUGGACAUUGCGCUUCGACGGCCUCCUCCUGGCUUGGCUAACAGCGAAAGCUUGGAGGGCUUCUUGGAAGGACAUGGAUGUUUGCCGAAUGAGCAGGAGAGGACCGACCGGGUUGAAGCGAUCAAGGCCCUUGAAAUGGUUCUUAAAGAUGCUACGUCCUCGAUUGCAGAGAAUGAUCACCGAUCUGGGCCUCCAUUUAUUGUGGUCCCAGUUGGCUCUUAUGGCCUCGGCGUCUGGACAAGUUCUUCUGAUAUCGACUGCCUAUGCAUUGGCCCGUUCAGCUCAAAGACAUUCUUUGCAUUGGCUGUUCAAAGGUUGAAGCGGGCAACGACCUUGGGCAUGAGAAUCUUGCGACGCGUCAAGGCCAAUUCAGGUAACAUGCUGGAGCUAGAAGUCAAUGGCAUCAAAGUCGAUCUCCAGUAUUGUGCAGCUGCAUCGAUAGCUGAAAGGUGGCCUGCGGUUAUGAAGCGCCCAGCCGGCGACCCAGCGUUUGCUUUAUCUUUCCAGGCACUUGCUAAGCUUAAGCCUAUCCGUGAUCUGUUCUACCUUCGCCGCUCACUUCCAGAUAUGGUACAGUAUCGAAUGGCGCACUUGUUCAUCAAAUCCUGGGCCCAGGCGCGAGGCAUUUAUUCGGCAAAGUUUGGAUUCCUCGGUGGUAUUCACAUAAGCGUUCUCCUUGUCCCGGUCUGUAAAACACUGGCCUACGAGAAUGAAACUGUAACCCCAGCCGACAUUGUCGUCACAUUCUUUCAUCAUUACUCGGAAUUCGACUGGAAGAACUCGAUGGUCUUUGAUUCGUUCUUUCACAAAGAAUUGAGAUAUAACCGAACAUUCCGGGAACCCCUUUGCCUGAUCGGUUGGCAUGGCCCAGCACUCAACACUGCUCCUAUCGCGUCUAUCCCAACAGUGGCUACCAUUUCUUCUGAGUUUAGUCGUGCCAAAAAAUUGCUAUCAGAUGACGACUGUACCUGGGGUAAGCUACUCGGUAUUGAACCCGAGACAGCUCUAGGAUCAGCUCAAGCCCCAGCAUCUACAGAGUUUUUGCAUGCAUUCAAAACAUACAUCAAGAUUGAUGCACAUUACUGGGGCCCGUCGCAGGAAAAGAGUGGUCGUUUCAUCGGCUGGCUUGAGUCGCGCUGUGUUAUGCUACUGGUUGGUAAGGGAUGUUUCUCUCCUUUGGCAGAAUGUAUCAUAUUGACAUUGUCUAGAGAUAAACAGGAAGCUGAAGCAUCUUCUCGCACGCAUUUGGCCAUCUCGUUUCUUGGAUGUGUCCGCUGGAGCAGAGACAUCUGGCGCUGAGUAUCAUGGUUGUUACCUCAUUGGUCUUGCAUGGGACGAUGGCUCAAACAAAGAAGAUGCUAAGGAGGUGGGUAUGGCCAUGCAGACAGUGCUACAAGAAUUUGAAGCGAGAAUUUGCCGAGACGAGAAGUACUAUGACUCCCAGUUCUGUUGGAUGAGUGCAACUGUCGCAAAGGCUCAGGAUCUUGGCUCAUUUGAAGUUGAUCAGAGUCUGUGGGGAGUGUAUGGGGGUGAGACAGAUGAUGACGGAUCCGAUGAAGAGCUUGAAGAAGAGCAAGAUUUCGACGAUGGUGAGGAGGAAUCAAAAGGACAUAAGAGCACGGGGUUUGGAUCCCGAGCAGCGAUUGUGGGCAAGACACCAGGGCUGGGCAAGUUUCGCACAGCUGCUGAUGUGCUCAACCGGCUUCGCUGGGACCCCAACUUCGAUUCAGGCGACUACAUCAUUGGCUACGAAGACCGCUUUCUCGGAGCUCGUGAGAGGGCAGUGGAACAUUGGAAGACGGAGCAGACUGACGAGGAAUUUAUCCCGCAGCACCGCAUCCUUUACUUCAAACGGAGGGAGGACAAUUUCAUUGUGUGGGAGCGACGGACGCGAAUCGACGAGAUCUUUGGCAGUGGUGUCACGAUUGAUAGGUGAAGUCUGCCUGUGCAUGACUUGUCAUAAUCGAAUUAAGGGUCCUCAAAUCACAUCAGAGAUCGGCACAGGAACAUGGAUCUGGUCUGACAGAGAAGCGGACUAGCGCGUGUGAAGUAAAUUCGGUGUGCUGCGAGACAGAUGGAUAUGAUGCAUGUGCAUGUGCUAACUUAGAUUAAGUAAAUUACUUCUUAGAUUAUGUGUAUACAUGUUGUGUUGAAAGGCGACAAACAACUUGCUCG